UCCCUAAUAUUUUUUUUUGUAUAUCUAUUACAUUUAUUAGUAUGUAUAUCAGUAUUUAAUCAAUUUAUUUAUACUUAAUUAGUUAGUUUAAAUUAAUCAUUAUAUUUAGGGGUCAUAACAAAAAAAUUAAUGUCGGAUUAAACUUUGUUUUAAUUGAAAAUUUACUUUUAUUUACCGUUAUAUUAGAUUAGUAGAAUAAUAAAUAUCUAAUCAUAUUAAAAAAAAAGAAAUUAAAAAAAAAGAUAAAAAAAAAUAUAAUUAAACAAUUGUCCAGCGGUAUACUAAUCGAAAAAUAAUUUGUGAUUACAGAAAUUGAAAUUCAAAGUGUCUAAUUUAGUUAUUGGAACAAGGAAUAAAUUAUUGUCACCUGCAGCAUCAUUUUCAUCUUCAUCAAAAAUGACGGACUAUAUUAGAAAUAAUCUGCGUAAGAAAUUGCAUAAUUUAAUGUCUUCGGUGAAUCUGCGACUUUCGUCGAUUCAGCCGGCGUCACAGUUACCCAACAAUAAUAAUAACAACAACAAUAAUAUCUCGUCCGACGAAGUGAAUAAUCGGGAGUUUCCACGGGCAGAUUAUCGCCAGGAAUCUGUGAGACUGCAGAGCUACACCGGCUGGCGUCUGAGCUUCAUGGACCCUGCGAAAAUGGCAGCGGCUGGAUUCUACUACACGGGCCACAAUGAUGAUGUCAAAUGCUUCGAAUGUGGAAUCGUAAUACGCGAGUGGGUAGAGGGCGACAAUCCGAUGUCAGUUCACCAGCGUUGGCGGUCCAGUUGCCAUUUCUUAAGGAAAUAUCCCUGUGGUAACGUGCCGAUUGGUGUUGAUCCAAGUACCGUUCCGUCAAUUGGUCCUAGAGGUCGUGAUGUAUACGGUUGUUAUGAUGAAUUCCAACCUGGCGCAUCACCAGGCUUUCGUUCUGGCCAGACAGAAUUCCAGUUUCCCAGGACUGCUAAGUUGGGAAGUCAAAACCUCGCCCUGCUCAAAGGAUCGAGACAUCGGGAAUUCGCGAGUUACAACGCCAGAUUAGAAAGUUUUGAGUCAUGGCCCAAAUCUAUGCCACAAACCAAGGAGCAACUUGCUGACGCUGGCUUCUUCUACCGCGGCACUGGUGACCAAACUAUCUGCUAUCACUGUGGCGGUGGGUUGAAUGACUGGAAGCCCAAAGACGAUCCAUGGUUCCAGCACGCCAAGUGCUUCAAAAAAUGCUACUACGUCCUGAUGGUCAAAGGCCAAGAUUUCAUCAAAAGCAUCAAUGGUCAGCCUGUCGCACCACCUUCUCGUGAGGUAAUUAUUGUAUUUAUUUAUUUAUUUAUUCGUUGAUCUAAAAAUAAUAUUAAUGAUAAGAAGAAAUGUAUAUCCCGGGGAAAAAAAAUUAUAUUUAGUUAUAUAUAAUUUGAUCUAAUUUUACAUAAAAAUAUAUAAAAUUUACUAUAAUUAUGUAUAAUUUUAUAUAAUUUUGUAUAAUUAUGUAUCAUUUUAUAUAUUUUUGUAUAAUUAUAUAUAAUUUUAUCUACCAGGGAAAAAAAUUUUAUAUAAUAAGAUAUAGUUAUAUAAAAUUAUAUAUAAUUAUACAAAAAUAUAUAAAAUGAUACAUAAUUAUAUAAAAUUAUAUAAAAUUAUACAUAUUUUUAUAUAAUUUUGUAUAAUUAUAUCUUAUUAUAUAAAAUUUUUUUCCCUGUUAGAUAAAAUUAUAUAUAAUU